AUGGCUCAAAAUAAAAAUAUUGACUAUAUCAAGGCUCUGUACCUGUGGCUGGGAAAUGAAAAAGUGAUGAGCACUUAUUGCAAAUACCACUUGGAGGACGCCGAGGCCGAGGCCGAGGCCCUGGCCCCGGUGGUGCCCGCCGGCCCGAGCCCCCGCGCGCCCCUGGGCCCGGCCUCCGCCGCCGCCGCCGCGGGCCUGCUGCUCUACCUGUGCCCCGAGGCGCAGUGCGGCCAGACCUUCGCCAAGAAGCACCAGCUGAAGGUGCACCUGCUGACGCACAGCAGCAGCCAGGGCCAGCGGCCCUUCAAGUGCCCGCUGGGCGGCUGCGGCUGGACCUUCACCACGUCCUACAAGCUCAAGCGGCACCUGCAGUCGCACGACAAGCUGCGGCCCUUCGGCUGCCCGGCGCCCGGCUGCGGCAAGAGCUUCACCACCGUGUACAACCUCAAGGCGCACAUGAAGGGCCACGAGCAGGAGAACUCCUUCAAGUGCGAGGUGUGCGAGGACAGCUUCCCCACGCAGGCCAAGCUGAGCGCCCACCAGCGCAGCCACUUCGAGCCCGAGCGGCCCUACCAGUGCGCCUUCUCGGGCUGCAAGAAGACCUUCAUCACCGUCAGCGCGCUCUUCUCCCACAACCGCGCGCACUUCCGCGAGCAGGAGCUCUUCUCCUGCUCCUUCCCGGGCUGCAGCAAGCAGUACGACAAGGCCUGCCGCCUCAAGAUCCACCUGCGCAGCCACACGGGCGAGCGGCCCUUCCUGUGCGACUUCGACGGCUGCGGCUGGAACUUCACCAGCAUGUCCAAGCUGCUGCGCCACAAGCGCAAGCACGACGACGACCGCCGCUUCCUGUGCCCCGUGCAGGGCUGCGGCAAGUCCUUCACCCGCGCCGAGCACCUCAAGGGCCACAGCAUCACCCACCUGGGCACCAAGCCCUUCGUGUGCCCCGUCGAGGGCUGCUCCGCCCGCUUCUCCGCGCGCAGCAGCCUCUACAUCCACUCCAAGAAGCACCUGCAGGACGUGGACACCUGGAAGAGCCGCUGCCCCGUCUCCACCUGCAACAAGCUCUUCACCUCCAAGCACAGCAUGAAGACCCACAUGGCCAAGAGGCACAACCUGGGCCAGGGCCUGCUGGCGCAGCUGGAGGCCGCCACCGCCCUCACGCCCAGCAGCGAGCUGGCCAGCCAGGGCCACAGCGACCUCAGCGACGCCGAGCUGGUGUCCCUCUUCUCGGAGGUGCCCGGCGGGGGCGCCGCUGCGGUGCUGGACACGGCCCUGGUCAGCUCGGGCAUCUUGACUAUCGACGUGGCUUCCGUGAGCUCCACUCUGGCCGGCAGCCUCCCCGCCAGCGGAGGGAGCAGCGGCAGCGGGGGCGGCAGCGUUUCUUGGGGCCGCCCGUGGGACCCUCGCGCCCUGCUGGCCACCACCGACCUGCCUCAGAGCCUGGAUACCUCUUCUCUUCCUUCGGGACGACGGCCACCGGCUUUCCAGCACAGCCCCCUGGACAUGGACGACGUGUCCCGGCCCCGGGCGCGGGGCCGCUGGGUCGCUGGCUUCCUGGCCAUGAAGACCUGCGGCCAGGAGCCCAGCCUGACGCCCAGCAGCAAGCUGACCGUGGACACCGACGCGCUGACGCCGUCCAGCACCCUCUGCGAGAGCAGCGUCUCCGAGCUGCUGACGCCCACCAAGGCCGACUGGGCCGUGCACCCCGACUCGGACUUCUUCGCGCAGGAGGAGGAGGACGACACCCAGUUCGGCUUCUCCCACCCCGCGGGCAGCCACGGCUGUCCCUGUCCGAAGGAGACGGAUCUCAUCACCGUGACUGGCGGCUCCUUCUUGGUAUGAGCCCGCGCCCUUCAUUCCUCGCCACGUGGCCGACGUUCGCGAUGUUAAGGAUGCUCUGGGCUAACGGUGUGACUGCGGCCCUUUCUCUGGGGCCUGAGAAAGAACGUGGCCCCGGGCGACGCCUUUGCAGGUGUCAGUUCUGACCUUGAAUCUGGAACUGUCGAGUUGAGUGACCCUGAGCAAGUCACUCAACCUAUCUGAGCCUUAAUGUCCUUAUUUAUAAAAUGAGGUGGUUUGAAUAGAUUGCUUCUGAGGUCCUUUGA